CGCUAAUUAAAUGGGCGAAAGUGUUGACGUAAUCGCAUUUUGAAGCAUUGAAACGCCAUAUCAUUAAUGCAUUGAAUGUCCACUCAAUCACUCAAUCGCUUCAAUACUAAUCAUUCAAUUGAAGUCCAAUUGAAACGCAUUCCUAAGCAUUGGUUUGCGUUUGCAUUGCAUUAGUAUUGCAUCGCAAGUGCUUUGAGUGGUAGUCGUGGACAACAUGACCGCAAUGGCAGCGAUAGUGAUGACUGAGUCGGACAUUCAAUAUGUUUCUCAUGCGAUGGACAAAGAGCUGAUCCAAUCGCCAAAACCCAAGCGAAAGCGUCAACGACUGGACCACUUGUCUAACGAAGAAAAACUGAUGAGAAGGAAACUGAAGAACCGAAUGGCAGCCCAAAGCGCUCGCGACCGCAAGAAGGUUAAGAUGCAUCACUUGGAGAGGGAGGCCAUGAUUCUGGUCAAACAGAGAAACGCAUUACUCAUACAAAACGAGAAACUCGUGAAAAGCAAUGAAUCGCUGGAACAGCAGAACAGAGAACUGAAGCGAAGACUCGGUCUCUUGGAGUCGAAGCCAUCGAUAAAAAGCGAAAUAAACGACUCGAUUGUCUGGAAUGAAACCAUUGAGUCCGCAGAACUCAUUAGUGCUCCUCAGCCGCAGGAACAGGUCUCACAUCCGGACAAAUCCGAUGCUUUACUCGAUGUCCUCCGAAUCUAUUCAGAAGAACUGCUCGAUUCGGACUCAGAUCCAGAAGACAGCGAAUUGCAGACAAUCGAUCAGUUGGAUGACCCCAUCGAAGCUCACACACCAUAUGUGGGAUCAGUUAAAGACUUGAUGACUAUUGACGACCAUUUGUACUACAAGUCACAGCUCUCGACCGAUUCAAUGGACACCACUUCCGACUCGAUUGAUAUGAUUGACACAAAUUAUGGUAAUAAUGAUUACAUUCCGAACCCAAUGAGCCCUCUCUCCUGUGGCAGUGAUUCUGGCUAUGAAUCCCUCCCUUCGCCGCCAUUCAAAUUGGACCACAAAAUGGUUGUCACAUCGGAUGACUCUUUAGACCACACUUUCACAGAACUCUUUCCCGAUUUGAUUUAA